GGAGGUCGAAACUAGCGAUGAACCGAUGGAAAAUAAUAGAAUAAUUAAUUACGAGUACGCGACACGUGUGUGCGUACAUUUAACUUAACAAUAAGAUACAGAUGCAGAUAGCAUUGAUGUGAUGCAGACAUUAAUCGCGCGUAGCAAGGACAGUUUGAUUUGUUGCCUUAAUGGCAUCGUUGCGCUAAAUCUAUGCGCGCGUGCACCACGCGUGCAGUUCUAAUUAGUCGUCUCUGUAAUCCGCACGAAUUGUUUAUGUCAUCGAGAUCGACCUCGGCCUUUGCAGGCGAAUACGAAUGAGACCAUUAUCUAACAUGAAUUUCUGCUUUAAUCAAAAACGUUCAGCUCGCGCAACCGCAGCAUAUUACUCGCAAUUAUUUUUUUUUCUUGAAUUUUAUUAUGCAAUCACUGUAUAGAGAGAAUGAAAACGAUGAAUACCAUAUCCUGAAUAUAUUGUUAAUGAGAUUGAUAUUUGCAGGCGAAUAUUUGGAAGACAAUUGAGACAAUUAUUUUUACGAAUAUGAAUAUCUGUUCUAAUCAUACAAAAAACGUUUUAGCUCCCACAAUCGCCGCAUAUUGUUCUCAACUUUUUUUUAAAUGUUAUUACGUAAGCGUUAUAUAGAGAAAACGAAAACGAUGAAUAUCACAUCUCGAAUAUGCUUAGCUCAAUUUGUUUCCACGCUGCCAAAGUUUCAAGGCUAUUAAAAGUUUUAAUAGACUCGCGUUAUGCAUGAACUUGCGUUUUGCCGUCGGCUACUGCUGACAUUUAAACAGUUAUCGCGCGAAAACGUAUCGUCUAUAAUAUAGAUAUAAGUUAAAUAGUCGGCUUUGUGUGAAUUCCGCGAUUAACUACGCGCUAGUUAUUCAAUGCGUUAAUUUAUGCCCGGUGUACUUAGCUUGCCUUAAUCUUCAACGUCUCUUGCUACGAUCGCUAUUUUAGCCGGCCGAAAGCGGAGACGGGUUUGCGGUCUGCGGGCUGCGUGAAUAACGAAGACGAUGACUCGUUCUCAAGAGUUAUAAAGACAUACACGGACGUCCAAAAUCGGUUCCGCGUCAUCGAGCCCAUCAUCGAAGAGUUGCACGAUAUCAUCGAGAGCACUCUUAUCGAUUGCAAAGUCUGUCCGCUGUCCGAGAACUCAAAGUCGGGUUUUACGUAAAUUACCUAUAAAAUAUAUAACGGUUCGAUUUGCUGCAAAAUGUCAUUGGUCGUUAAAAAGAAAAAAGGAGAACGUCACCACGAAAUGCACUGUAUCAUCGUGAACAUGUUAAACAGUAUACAAAUAUUAAUGGAAACUAAAUUGCUGGAAUUCAAACUGAUUAUUUUGUUAAUAGGUACCGAUCGAUACACACGUUAUCGUCGAGCUUAACCGCGGACGACUCGCGCUGGCGAACAUUCGGUUGUCAAAAUCCUGAAACCGAUGCUCCAUUCGCGCGAGGAGACGGUCUAACGCAGGAAGACCGUAGUGAAAAAUCUACUCUUGUCGCGGAAGCACGUAGCGUUUCCGAUCAAGAAGAUCCGGGCCGUUCCGAGGAGAAUCGAUCGUGCGAAAUGCCGAAGGUGCCGAGCGUCCCGCAAAUGGAUUCGAAGGCCACGUUGGAGAAGGAGGAGGAGGAGAAGACAAGUGAAGGAGAAGCCAAAAGUUUCCAGGUACCGGAAGUAAGCAGUGCGAGCACUCCGACGAGUCCCCGCAGAAAGAUCUCGGUCUACUACCGCUCGUUCGAUGUGGUGACGGUGCAAGAUCAGCGCAAGGAUCAUCCGGGAUCCAAUUUGGAAGUGAGACAAUCUCCGUGCAAUCCGGACGACUCCCCGACGCAAGUUGAAGGGACCGCCGCCGCGAGGAAUGUUUACCGCAACGUGAAGAGCGACAGCGAUUCCUCGAACUCCACACCGCGAAAAUUCCAGGACAGCCUGCUGGACGAUGAACCGCCGCUGGUCGAAGAGCCGAUACUUAGAAAAGUUCAUUUGGCGCCCACGCGUUUGAAAUUUUCACACGAAGCCGGAAACGAGUUAGCUAGAACUGUCGAGGCUCCCGACUGUGCUUCUUCCGUUCCAGUGAAUUCCACCGAAUUGGGUAUUUCAGAAAUACCACUGUCUCCCAUCGGCGAACACAAGGAAGAUGACGACACUUCCGUGCACUCAGCUUCGACGUUCACAAGCAAGUGCAAGACGGAAGUGAAGAGUGUGAUACUAGGACCUGAAUCGUGUUCGAACAAGAACGUUUCGCAAGCAUGCUCAAUGCUAAAUUGCCGACUGUUACCAUGUAGCCAAGCUGAUUCAGCGAAGAUCGCGGAUUCAGAGGAUCCCCACUCUCGGGCGAGCGUGCGGAGAGUCGACGGCGGGAGUCAGUCGCCAAUCGAACGGUCAGUCGAUAGCCAAAUGUCGAGUCGCGAGGACAGUUUGGCCGUUUCGGGCAGCGAACCGGCGACGACGGGGUCCGAUGAUCGAUGCGGCAUCGAUGAGAAAGUCGCGAUUGAGGUCGGCAAAGCUGUCAACGUCGUGUCGUCCACGUCGUUGGCCGAUCCGGUCUCCACGAGGGUGACGUCGUGCAAGAACGUGACGGAGAGCGAUGAAAAAGCACGCGAACAAGACGUGAAGGAGACAAAACAGGAGAUAAAACAGGUUGGUUGCUGAGAAAAAUUUUAAAUA